AUGCAUUCGGGAUUUUCCUCUCCUCAGUGGCUGUGCAAAGGAAUGAAAGGUCUGCAGCAAGCUGAAGUGGAAGGAUUGCAGGUGACUGUGCCUGAGAAGAAGAAGGUGGCCAUGUUGUUUCAGCCUGCUCUGCUUCGCUGCCAUUUCUCUACUUCUUCCACCCAACCAGCUGUGGUACAGUGGAGGUUUAAAUCUUACUGCCAGGACCGGAUGGGAGAAGCUCUGGGGAUGGCGACUUCUGGUUUGCAAACAAUGAGCAAGAGGAACCUCGACUGGGAUCCCUACCUGGAUUGUGUGGACAGCAGGAGAACGGUCCGUGUCGUGGCCUCCAAACAAGGAUCUGCUGUCACUAUAGGGGACUUCUAUAAGGAAAGAGAUAUCAGCAUUGUCCACGAUGCAGACCUUCAGAUUGGGAAGCUGAUGUGGGGAGACAGUGGGCUCUAUUACUGCCUUAUUAUCACACCAGAUGAUGUGGAGGGCAAAAAUGAAGAAUCAGUGGAGCUGCUUGUGCUUGGCAGGACAGGGCUGCUUGCUGAUCUCUUGCCCAGUUUUGCUGUGGAGAUUAUGCCAGAGUGGGUCUUUGUGGGCCUGGUGAUCCUGGGGGCGUUCCUGUUCUUCCUCCUGGUGGGGAUCUGCUGGUGCCAGUGCUGCCCACACAGCUGCUGCUGUUACGUCCGCUGCCCCUGCUGUCCUGAGUCCUGCUGCUGUCCCCGGGCGCUGUAUGUAGCAGGCAAGGCUGCAAAAGCCGGGUACCCUCCUGCAGUCUCUUCCAUGCCGGGUCCGUACUACAUCCCCAGCGUUCCUGUAGCUGGUGUCCCUUCCCCUGCUGUGCUGAGGGAUAAGUCGCACCCCCCUCCCUUGGCCCCAAGUGACUCCAGCGGAGGAAGCCAAAAUG